AUGUCGAACCACGACAAAGCACACCGAGCAAGCUCCUCCAUGGACGGUUUGGAGGAACACUUGCUCGCUUCGGAACAAAAGUAUCACGACAACGACAACGACAAUGACAGCGACGACGUCGUGCCCGUGAAAUUCAGAAAAGCGGCUGCCUCUAUCCGCAGUCACCACCGAUCAUGGUGGAUUUGGGCCGUGCAUCUGCUCAUCAUCCUCCUCGAGAUUGCGGUUGCAGCAGCGCUCUUGCUGACAUGGAAGUCCAAGUCCACGACGACGACAUGCUCGCCGCUGCGAAAACACGAGCUGGAGUUUGCGGCCGAUAUCGUCAAGUACGAAGACGUCAAGUUUGCGGCCAGCGGGUUCCAUGAGCAUGACGAGACAAGGACUAUCUUUGAGGGGCCGCCGGGUCCGGAGGUUGAUCGCGCGUGGUGGAAUCUUACGCAUGUCGGUGUCAUUGGCCUCACUGCAGAGCAGAAUAGCAAGCUGGCGACUCCGUCGGUCGAGUCGAUACGGCAACCGGGCGUGUAUCCGGUGGCGAUUGGGAUGUUUCAUCAGCUUCAUUGCAUAAACUACCUCCGAAUCCAACUGGAUCUUCAACCCGGAGAUGACCCCAACGAGGAUGAGGAAGCGAGGAGGAAGCACAAAACCCACUGCAUUGACUACCUCCGACAAGUCGUGCAGUGUCACGGCGACCUCACGCCAAUCGCCCUCUGGUACGACGAUUCCUACGUCGGAUACAGUUUCGACCAUGCAGUCGUUCACAGUUGUCGCAAUUUCGAUGCCAUUUACAAAUGGGCGGUGGAACGGGGUUCGGAAGUGCAUAUUGAAUGA